UCAGCUCGUUGUUUUUCUCAUCCAGAGCUUCCAAUUCUCCAAGACCAAUAAUAAUAUUACAGCUUUGUCUCAGGAUUUGUUGAAAUCAGUUUCUGGCCCCGUACAGUACAAUUUGAGCUUCAAUGGCUAAAUACCAAGGCAGAGCAUUUCAGCUUUGGGGUCUUGCUAUUUGUCUUUCAUUGUCUUUGAUCCCCAAGAGUUUUGCCACCAAUUUUACAAUUGGGAGCGCAGCAGGUUGGAGUGUUUCCAAUGCACAAAGCUACAAUCAAUGGGCAGAAACGAACAGAUUUCAGAUUGGAGACUCGAUAGUUUUCAACUACCCUUCUGGCCAAGACUCAGUGCUUCUAGUGAGCCAGGACGAUUACAACAACUGCAACACAGAUCACCCCAUCCAGAAAAUGGACGAUGGCCACACAGUGUUCACCUUCACCAAAUCCGGCUCCCACUACUUUAUUAGUGGCAACAAAGACUACUGUCUCAAAAACGAGAAGGUGGUUGUGACAGUGAUGGCUGACAGAAGCUCCAACAAAACCAGUGCUUCUCCACCGCCUUCCGGCUCGGCAGAUACCAAUCCAUCUCCUGCCCCAGAAGCCCAACAGUCACCCUCGCCACCAGCUCCAUCCGAGAUUAAUCCGACUCCAGCCCCUGCCAGUGACCACACUCCACCACCUCCAAAUUCUGCUUCUUCUUUGGCACACAUCACCUUUCUUGGUUACUUUGGAGCAUUUGCUGCUUCAUCACUUAUCCUUGCCUAACUCCAUGGUUUAUAAUUUUUCAAGUUGAAUUUCUUUCCUCCAUUAUUGACAAACAAGUCUACAUUUCCUUGAGCUCAGUAGAUUCAACUGUGCUUUUUAAGGAUUUGGCUUGGAGUUUGAUAUGAUUUAUUUUGUGCUAUACAGUCCAAUAAGCUGACAAAAGUGUGUAAAAUAUGUGUCAUGUAUCGGGUGUCUUUUUUAAAAAAUAUUAUGUGAAAAGCAACUUAUAUUUUCUAUGUUUCGUAUUUCUAAAUAUAUUUAAUGUUACAGGAAGACAUUAUUCUGUUUUCCAGCU